GUUAAUAUGUUCAGAGAAAACCAAAACAAUAACUUAAAACUAGUCGGUCUUGACAACCAAAUGGUCGAGAUGGAUAAAGACUUUGAGAACAUGCUCAAAGCUCGUGAGAUAGCACGGAAGAAGCUUGAGGAAAAAUUCAAAGACGUCAAUUCACGAAUUAACUCCAACAAAGACUUCAUGAUAGAUUCCGGUAAAGAAUUUAACAAAUAAGCUUCAAAAGUAUCAGAAUGAGUUCAACACUGACUUAGAAAAUAAGCGUACAGACUUGAAUAACUACCUGACUGACCAGCAGAAUAUAAUCCAUGAAGUGCUGACCCGCACAGACCAAAGGAUGCUUGACCUUGAAACAGCAAUCGCUGAAGAGAAGAAAGAUAGAAGAGAAACAUGGGACAGGGAGCUUAAAGAGAUUGAUGAUGACUUCAAUGCACUCAAGCAAGGUUUCUCAGAUGAAACCAAGAACAGGAUUUCGAAGAAGAGGAAUGUCAUCCAAGCCAUGGAAGAAGGCAACAACAAGAUUAUGGAAUGGCUUGAUGAAGAAAGAGACCAAAGACAUAAGCAAAUUGCUAAGCUUAAAAAGGAUAUUAUUGAAGAGCAAGGAGUUGAAAAUAUUGAUAAGAGAUUGGUUGAGUUCGCACAGGAUACUAAAGGCAAGUUUGAUGAUAUUCGAGAUGAUUGGGAUACAAAAAUUGAUCAAAUGGAAGAGAAAAUUAAGAAGAACUCUUUGACAAUGACAAAAAUGAAUUUACAACAGACUCAAGGAUAAUUCACGAUGCU